AUGGUUACACGUGGGCUGGAAACCAUUAGAUCAGUGAGGUUUGGCGGGGGCUCCCCGCUGGAAGAGCAAAGCGAGCGAGCCGAGCCCCACGCCUACAGCUUCUUCGCCAGGGGCUCUGCUGCCGUGGACAGGCUGAACGACCUCUGUGGCCAAGGGAAGGAACGUGCUGUCACGCUUUCGCAGCUCUACACGCAGGCUGUCCUAGACAUAACAUAUUUUGAGGAAAACCAGCUUGUGGAUGAAGAUUUUCCAGAAGAAUCUUCCAUGCAGAAAAUUAAAGAACUAAUUUGCAUUCUUUCAGAACCAGAAGCCCUAGUGAGGGAGUGCAAUAUAAAUGAAGAACCCAUCAACAUCCUUGGUGCAGAGUUGUUAGAAUGUCUUUACUGGAGAAAAGGAGCCCUGCUUUACAUGUAUUGUCAUACAGCAAAAGAAAGGAAUGAAUGGCUACGAGAAAACAUUGCCAUAUUUAAAAAGUGUCUUAAUGAUGGAGUUCAUUACUUAAUGAAGAUGCUUAGCUUUAGAUGCCCUCAUCAGCUAAAUGAAGAUGUCUCACUUCAAGAUAAAGACACAGCUAGAUUACUCAGUGAAGGUGUAUUUAGUGACACUCACUUACUGGCAAUGAUGUACAGUGGAGAAAUGUGCUACUGGGGUCUGCAGCACUGUGGAGAAGAGAAGCAGGAAAGCCUUGAGGCGACAGAUCCUGUCUGUAGCAGUGGCCCGAGCUGCAGAUCACAGAGCGUGUCGCUGGAUUUCAGAGAAACGGGCAAAAACAUGUUAACGAAGUAUGUGGCUGUAUGUGAGGGACCUUUAAAAGGCCAAGGGUGGAACACAACAGCUGCAAAACAAAUGCUGCGUUGCUUCGUGAAAUCACACGACUAA